AUGCGGCAAACGCAGGGAAAACAGGAGUCCGUAACGGACUUCCUGACGUGUUUAAACACCCUUUACGAUCGGUUAUCGCCGCCGUGGCGCGAGAAGGAGAAGGUCGGGUACGCGCACCGAUACAUGCUGCCUCGGUUGCAGACUUUAAUACCUCGGGACGCGGUAGACAAUAUGGACGCGCUCGAACAAUGGGCUGCGCGUGCGGAGGCUAGCUGCCGCGCCGCACAGAAUUAUCGUGCUCCGCCUCUGCCGGAACGGUCCUUCUUCCCGGAUCUCGCUUACCGAACGCCGAAGGGCGCGAACCGACAGGGGGACGGGCAAAAUCGCGAUGCCGUGGCUGCUCUCGGCGUGACUAACGCAAAUUCGAGCGGAGCGGGGGCAGGCGCGAGGAGGGCCAAUGCCCGCGGGCCGAAAGAAAAUACCCCGGCCGUAACUGCCGCACCUGCGGCGAAUGCGUCGGGCACCUCAUCGGUCACCACAAACGCGACGCAGGCCGCAAAAUGUUGGAAUUGCAAUUCGACUGGGCAUUUUGCGCGAGAUUGUAAGGCCCCGCCGCGUAAACACUGUUAUUGGUGUGGAAAGGCCGAAUACACCACCCGCACUUGCCCGACGUGUUCGGGAAACGAGUAA